AUGCAACGCUUUGGUGUGGUCGGCCAAUGCCGAUUCGCUGUACGUCGGUGGUUGCAGUUACAGCCUCGGUCUGUCGCGCCGAUGACGGUGACGGCCUUGAGUGCCUCAUCAGGAUCGCAAAGGACAUUCCAUACUUCUCCUAUCACUCUAUCAAAGCCCAAGGGCUUAUUAGGCGUUAACCCGAACCAGUAUGAGGAGCCUACCGACCUGGCACGGAAACUGUUCUCCGAGUUCGCGUUUGCAUUUGAUAUCGAUGGCGUCUUAUAUCAGGGUCGCAACCCGGUGGAUGGGGCUGACAAAGUCCUCAAAAUGCUCAGAAGCAAUGGAGUCCGAUACGUCUUUUUGACCAACGGUGGCUGCGUUCCCGAAGACAAAAAGGCAGAUACCCUACAGGAAAGACUACAGAUUCCCAAGCACGACGAUGUGGUAAAGGGGAGAAUGAUUCUGUCCCACACGCCCAUGAGUGGUUGGAGCGAUGAUGUCAAGAACAAUGGCACUGUCUUGAUUACUGGCUCACACCCCGAAAAAGCUCGUCAAAUUGCUCUUGACUAUGGUUUCAAGCGAGUCAUUACUCCGGCAGAUAUUCUUGCUGAAUGUAAGGACGUCUUCCCGUUCGAGCAUAUCGAGGGUGAGAUCAAUGGCGUGCCCGCUCCAUUGCCUGAUGGAAAGAGAAUUCCUCUGCUCAAAGACCCGUUCACCACAAACGUCCCUGCCAACGCCCUCAAGAUUGAUCAUAUCUUCAUCUGGAAUGACCCACGGGACUGGUCUCUUGAUAUUCAGCUCAUCCAUGAUCUCUUGAUCUCUCACCAAGGAUACCUCGGCACUGUUUCGAACCGGAAUGGUAACGAGUCUUUGCCCAAUAAUGGUUGGCAGCAAGAUGGCCAGCCUGGACUCUGGAUCUCCAACCUGGACCUUCUGUGGAAGACAAGCUAUCCUGUGAAUCGAUUUGGUACGGGGGCUUUCAUUGAGGCCCUAAAGGGAGUGUGGUCCACGACAACCAACGGAAAGGAACUUCAGUACAGCGCUCUUGGCAAGCCGUCUAACCAUACUUACAAAUACGCUCACGAUAGGCUUCUUCAAUACUACCACGAUAUGGCAUGUAAUCGUGGCCAAAGCGCUCAGCAUGACAUAUCAAAGUGCCACCCACUUCGACGAGUCUACAUGAUCGGCGACAACCCAGAGAGUGAUAUCCGGGGUGCUAGCGAGUUCAAAGCAGAUGAUGGUACCGAGUGGGUGCCCAUCCUUGUGCGCACGGGCGUCUGGCGACAGACAUCUACAGAGAAGGAGCCUCGAUACAAGCCAGCAGUCAUUGUGGACGAUGUGGUGGAUGCUGUCGUCUGGGCACUCAACAACGAGGGCAUCAAAGCUACUAGAGAGUGGGUGCUAUCUACUCUGUCGCAUACCAAGGGUUAUGUGAAGCUACCGCCCUUGGAGGAUGGAGUGCAGAUUGAUGGCUUGGAGGAUGGGGUCAAGUAUCCCAGUGAGCUGGAGGCGGGCGAAGCCAAGUUAUAG